AACUAAUGUGUCAAGUAAAUUUGCUUACAUUCAUACAGUUUGGGUCUAAAGAUGGAAAUACUAUUUUCUUUUAAUAUAGACCUUUUGAAUGAUUACCAUAUUCACGUAUAAUAGUAUUUACAUGGUUCUUCAAAAAAUCCACCACCAUGGAUUUACUAUGGUAGGGGAGAGUGGGGUAAGAUGAGCUAUUUUUUUUACUUAGGUGGUCCUCGAUGAGGACAAUGAGGCAGAAACACAAUGAAAGUAUUUAAAGUAAUUUCAGGAUGUUUCCUAUCAUUUUAAAAUGAUCAGAAUACAUCUAUGACAAAGGGUUCUAAAAAAAUAUGGCUUAUAAAAAAAGUGUUCCUCUGGCUCAGUUUACCCCAGGUUAGGGGUAAGUUGAGCUGAGUCAGUAGGUGGGUGUAAACUGACCAUCUAACUGAAUCUGAGACAAACCCAUGUGAAAUUUUACAGAUAAUGCACCUUUUUUUAAAAACUAAUUUAAUAAUCAAAUUUCCUUUUACAAAUAUUCAUAUUUCUUUUUUUUAAAGCUAACUUAAACAACAUAAAACCAACCAAAUGAAGUUGAAAUUUCAGUGUUUAAUUGUUUGCAUUUCUGAAACAAUAUGUUGAACUCCAAAGUUGUAACCUUCCCAUAAACAGACUAAACAGAGAGUUUGUUGAGUAAAAUUAAAUAAAAACUGAAUUAGAAUGAAUAAAUGUCACUGAAACUAAUAAACAUUUUAGUCAAAAGGUUCUUGACAUGGUAGUUUUUCUGCAAUGUCGAAGAUGUUAGGCCAUUAGAGACUACAAGUGGAAAGAUAUGAUUAAACAUCCUCUGGUUCGUAUCAGAGAAGGAUUUGGUGUACUUGUACACUGUUCCUAUCAAAUAAACUCGAAAAUAAAGAUAAACUAAACCAGUUGCGUAAUAUUACAUUUGAAAUGACACCAGUUUAUACUUCAGAUUUAACUUCAAUUAUUUGCCUUAUGGUGGGGUAAGUUAAAGCGCUGGCUCAAUUUACCCCCACAGCAUAGCUGUCAUUUUAGGAAAAGCUAGCUAGCUUACCAAUUCAGGAUAAUAUUUAGUUAAAUGACUUGCAUGGUUUUAUACGUUGCUAAAUCACUAAUAUGCAUCAUAAAUAUUUUUAGAUGUGGACUAAUUUGCUUUGAUGUAACAGCCAUUACAUCUUUAAUGUUAAAAAAUGUUUUUGACAAGCCAAAAAAAUUUUUUUAAGUAAAUAAGCGACUUCCACUCCUCCCAUGUGCUUCUCCUUUUCACAGUCUGGCAGAAAUGACGGGUGGUUCUAAAAUAUAUUGUCACAUGACAAUAAAAUUGUACAGUUGCCAAGAUACAGGGGGUGGGUCAACUUACCCACUGGCUCAUCUUACCUCACUCUCUCCCCUACAUACAUGGUUCUCAACUGGUUGGUCACAACGGUCACACACAACUCCAAAAGUGUUGGUCUGAUGGGUGAAAAUAUACUUUAUUUUAGCGUACUUAUUGCGCAAAUAAUGAUUUUACAUUCCGUGUCAAAUCGACCAAAUUUCCCGGCUCAAAUUUUUGAGAUUGUUAAUAUUUUUUUUCCGUAGAAAGACAAACAUAAAUAGUGAGGAAAACCAAAAUAUUAAAUGUCACAGAUGUAUAUUUACUGAGUAAUCCACUAUUUUUAGAGGGGGGUCAAAAACAUUUUCAAAACCACGUUUGGUUUUUGAUCACUGAAAAUGGGUAAAAUUCAACAAUUUGAACAUGGAGCUGCAUUGAGAUCCCCAUAUCUAUAGGACUGAACUAUAUAGGGCCUUGAAAAUGAAGCUUUCAAAAGGAAAGUUUAUCAAGAAUGAGAAUCCAGAAGGAUAUUAAAGCGGAACUCAGUAAGAUUUGCGAAGCUCCCCCUACAGCUUCCUUCAGUGAAUCACAAGCGCAGCUAUGGACUAUAACGACUACAGCGCUCACCAGAGCAGUAGUUUUGCAAAUACAGUACAAGAAAUCUCGAUGGAGAUUCAUAACGGCAUCAUGUCUGCGCCGUCUCUAGCGCCAGCAUCGUCGGUCCUCACCCUGCAUUCAAAAACACACAAGGACACCAUCCUGCAUAAAUUUGACAAACUCAGAAGAAGGGAACUGCUCUGUGACAUAACCCUUAUUGUAGAAGACGUGCACUUCAAGGCGCACAAGGCUCUUUUAGCAGCGAGCAGUGAAUACUUCUCAGUAAUGUUCACUGCUGAAGAUCAGGUAAGCCAGUCGGUGUACAAGCUGGAUGGCAUGCCUGCGAAAACCUUCGCGACUGUGCUUGAGUUCAUCUACAGCGCAAAUGUGUUGGUGGACGAGAGUAGCUCUGAGCAGCUGCUUGACAUGGCCCGCUUCCUGGACAUCCCAGAUUUGCUCAAAGCCCACGAGGACCUUCAAAAGGACAGUUCAACGGUUGAAAAUGUGAUGUCUGCUGAGGGAGGGGGUGUUGAUGACUGCAUACAGACAAAGCGUAAAAGAGGGCGCCCGAAAAAGUGCAUGUUCACUCAGGAUUUAAGCCAAAAAGAGAGUCCAGAAAGCGGUUUACCAACACAGACUAGCUCUGAGACUCAAGAGCCUUCAGAACCUCUCUUAGAUCCCACUUCACCACCAAGAGAUUUAAGUGACAGCGACUACAACCCCAGAGAGGACAGACCCCGUCACAGCAAGCGCAAAAUAAGGCAGCCUGUCAAACUGAAGGGAUACAGGUUAGGAGACAAUCUGACUGAGCAGAAGGAGCCGGGGAAGAGAGGGCGAAAGAGGAAGUACCCAGACACAGAGGCCAGAUGUGAAGAGUGUGGGAAGGUUUUUAAAAGCCAUCUCUUUCUGAAGAUACAUCAACGAACUCAUACAGGUGAAAAACCGUUCAGAUGCAGUGUUUGUGGGAAGGGUUUCACCCAGAAACACACUCUUUUGGUUCAUCAGCGCAUGCACACGGGAGAAAAGCCCUUCAUCUGCACCAUAUGCUCCAAAGCGCUGUCCACCAAACACUCCCUACUGGAGCACAUGAACCUACACGCAGAGAAUAAAUCUUUCAGUUGUGACCAGUGUGAGAAAAGCUUCAGUCAGAAGCGGCAGCUGAAAAGCCAUUACCGCGUUCACACUGGAAAAGCUUUACCGGAGUGUGCGCAGUGUCAUCAUAAAUUUAUGGAUGCAGCUCAGCUGAAGAAGCACCUGAGAACUCACACUGGUGAGAAGCCGUUUACAUGCGAAAUCUGUGGGAAGUGUUUCACAGCCAAGAGCACACUCCAGACGCACAUCAGGAUACACAGAGGAGAGAAGCCAUACGUCUGCAACAUCUGUGAUAAGACCUUCUCCGACCCCAGUGCCAGGAGGCGUCACGUGGCGUCUCACACGGGUAAAAAGCCGUUCACGUGUUCUGUCUGCAACCUGUCGUUUGCCCGAAUGGACAACCUUAAAGCUCACACCAAGACCCACAAGAAAGAGCGUCAACAAGGAGAAGCUGAGAGCACGGGACCUGCCGAGGCGGAGGCCCCCUCAGGAGCCGGAGAAAUGCACAGCAUCCUCCAACUUCAGCCGUACCAGCUUCCCGCCCACGCCGAGCAGGAAAUCCAGCUGGUGGUGACCAGCGAGGUGGAAAACAUCAACCUGGGUCAGGAUCAAGGUAUCAGCAUCAUCACUGCAGAAGAUACUUCUGUGGAGCAGGGUCUCAACCUUCUCACCCAACCUGCUGGUCACGUCCAAAACCUGGCGCUGGUCACGCCGGACGGAUUAGACGGCGGUACUCAAAUUCAAACCAUCAGCGUCUUGGGAAGUCAAGUGAGCAGCGGACCACCGGAGCAAAUGCACGUCAUCACGCUGACAAAAGAAGCUAUGGAGCAACUGCAGGUUCAUCACGGAGCUCCGCAGCAGCUGCAGGUGAUCCACCAACUGUCCGAGACCUCCGAUGAAAAUCCCAGCCGGCCGAGUCCAACAGGAGGCAUUCACAUCAGCAGUCAGAGUGGGCAGCCCAUCUCCAUCAGCCAGACCAGCGAGCAGAUUCCCAGCGAUCAGAUUCAGGGUCAAACCUUCCAGAUCCAGGCUGGAACGGUCUCGUACCUCUACACCACCAGCAUGACCCCGCAAAACUGAACCGACACAACUGUAUGAAUCCUUUAGGACUCCCUCAUAAUGCUGAUGCUUGUCCUCUUUUGAUGUAAAUGGUUCCAUUUUUUUAUACAGUAAAGCUGACUGAGAAUAAGCAGAAACAUCUUUUUUUUUUUUUUUUUUAGAUAAUGGCUGCAAUAUGGAUCAUGAAGUCUAACCAUUAUUAAAUUGUUUUUGUACUUGACUAAAGAUAAUAAAGGGUUCACAUACAUAUAACUCCAAA